CUGGCUGUCGUGGCUUGGUGCAGGUGGUUCUGUCUCUGCAUCUGAGGGCUGAACUUCCGUGUUGGUGUCAGCCUAAACCCAGUUGGCCUCUGGACCUCAGUUUCCUCCCUAGCUCAUAGGGUUGCCAUCAACCGGGAGCGUUCCCAGUGCUCCCCCGCUGCCGUCCCCCGCUGCCGGGGCUCAGUGAAUAGGGGAUGUUGCCCUUGAGCCAGUAUUCCUCCUCUCUGAGCGUAUGCUUGUGUGUAGAGCUGGACUAAGCUUUUUACAGCUGCAAUAAUCCGGUCACGUAAAAAUAAAAUGUGCCGGCGAUAUACCAAGUUUCAGGAAAUCGAAGAUCAAACACGUUCUCUGCUUUGGCGGGAGGGGGGUCCGGGUUAACAUUUUAUGGUGCCCUGGUCACGUGCCGUACCUAGGUCUUUUAAUCACCCUGGUGAGCAAGUCUGACAUGGAGUUGUUAAAAGCAACAUCGUUGGGAUAUGUAACAAAUUCUUGGAGGAGGUAACAUUUUGUCUGGGCGUGGAAAGAUGAAGGGUGAUUUCCUGGGCGCUGUGGUAGGGGUAAAAAAACCAGGCAGCAGGCCCUGCCCUGCCCAGUUAUAAUGAAAGUGCAGGGCCUAUUUAGAAUGAGGUAGUGUGUUGCCGGGAGGAAGAAGAGGUAAAACUGGAGAGAGAAUUCCAGGCCAUGUUGUGAAGUGCUUCUUGUGAUCGAUCCAGGACUUUUGCUCUUAGAGGGUUUUGUGUGUGUUUUUAAGUAGGAUGGUUUGGAGAAGCUCACUCUCCUGUUAUAAGUGUUAUAAUAUAUCCACAGAAGCUAUGGGGUAUGGAUUAUACGUCCAGGGUUUUCCAGGAGCAGUCUGAUUUGAAAAUAUCCUGUCCCAUUGUCUCUGUAAGCCAAUAGUUCUUAAUCCUGGGUACUCUUCACAUAAGAUGAAUGCUGCCCAAGCCUGCUUGCAGAGACUCCCCAUCAAAAGGUCUUGGGCCCAGCCUCGAAUCUGAAUUGUUGAAUCACUCCCUGGGUGGUUUUGAAGCACAACCAGGACUAAAAUCCCGCCCACCCAAGCUGUAGUGCUCCUGAGUUUUGAUAUUUGGUUACAUUCUAUGCUGAAACAGAAACCCUUCGAGAUUUUUGCUUCAGAAAAUGCUAUUGUAUGUAUGUGGGCAGUCAGAAAGGAGAGGUUUGGGCUGGUUUGUGGAGAGCAUGGCUGUGACUCCAUUUCAUGUGUCGUGUUCUUCUCUUGUGUUUGUGAAUCUGGAAUUGCCCCUGCACCACUCCCUUCUCUCUCCUUCUCUUCAGGGCUUUGGAAUCACUUGCUAGGAGUCUUACCUCCCUGCCACCCAGGCCAUCAUGGCAGCUCGCCUGGUGAAGCGAUGCACAUGCCUCCUGCGAGAGGCUGCUCUUCUAGUCCCUGCCGUGUCUCCAGCUGGCCGACUGAGACUUGCCGGCGUAGCCCAUAAGACUCUGACUUCCUCAGCUACCUCACCCAGUUCACACUUCCCAGGUUCCUUGUCAGAGCUUGUGGAGAGGGAACAAGUGUUUACUCCCUACCCAGAGCGCCAAGAGGUGGACCUGCUCAUCGAGAAGGCUACCGGGCCAGAGGAGCUCCUGGAGCUUCUUGGUGGUGGUCACUGCCUGCACCAGAACCAUGCGGCCCUCAUGCUCAUCCGCCUCUCUCGUCUGCUGUCUGAGAAGCCAGGAGACAAAGCCUCACUCAUACAGGAUGCUCGCUUUCAGCAACUUCUCCAUCUCCUCAAUAGUCAGAUAACCACAGUCUGGCACGGCACCCUCGUGAAGCUGCUCCGGAGCCUCUAUGCACUGGCGCUCCCCGCGGCCUCCAAGGAGCUGCAGUCGGUGGAGCAGGAGGUCCGCUGGCGAAUGCGCAGACUCAAGUACAAGCACCUGGCCUACCUGGCCGAGUCCAGCACCACCUACAUGCAGGAGCGGGAAUCCCAGGAGCUGCUGGCUGAGCUGCUGGUGCACCUGGAGCGGCGCUGGGCGGAGAUCGAAGACGGCCGCAUGGUGGUGGCCAUGAUGAUGAAGGUGGGGCACCUCUCGAAGUCACUGAUGAACCGCCUGGAGGACAAGUGCCUGGAGCUGGUGGAGCAGUUUGGCCCCGACGAGCUGCGGAAGGUGCUGGUGACCCUGGCAGCUCAGAACCGGAGGUCGGUGCCCUUGCUGCGAGCUGUCUCUUAUCACCUGGUCCAGAAGCCCUUCCCCCUAACGAAAGGCAUCCUCCUGGACCUGGCCUAUGCCUAUGGCAAACUUGGCUUCCACCAGACCCAGGUGUUCCAGCGCCUGGCCGCUGACCUGCUGCCUCACACGCCCAGCCUGACGUCUGGUGAGGUGGCCCGCUGCACCAAGUCCUUCGCCUUCCUCAAGUGGCUCAACCUGCCCCUGUUUGAGGCCUUUGCCCAGCACAUCCUGAACAGAGCCCAGAGCGCCACUGUGCCGCACCUGUGCAACAUGCUCCUGGCUUUUGCCCGUCUGAACUUCCGUCCAGAACAAGAGGAUCAGUUCUUCAGCCUGGUGCGGGAGAAGCUGGUGUCGGAGCUGGCAGGCCUGGACCCAGCCCUGCAGGUGGACGUGGUAUGGGCCCUGUGUGUGCUGCAGCAGGUGCAGGAGGCGGAGCUGCGGGCCGUGCUCCGCCCUGAAUUUCACACCCAGUUUCUAGGUGGCGAGUCCCCAAAGAAUCAGAGCACCUUCCAGAAGCUGCUCCACAUCAAUGCCACUGCCCAGCUGGAGCACCCCGAGUACACCAGCCCCCUUUUGCCGGCCUCGGCCUUGGUCCCCAGACUCUCAGCCCUUGACAGGAAGGCGACCCCCUUGCAGAAGGAGCUGCAGGAGACACUGAAGGGACUGCUGGGGAGUGCCGACAGGGGCAGCUUCAUGGUGGCCACGCAGUAUGGCUGGGUUCUGGAUGCUGAGGUGCUGUUGGACAGCGACAGCCAGUUCCUGCCCCUAAGGAACUUUGUGGCCCCUCAUCUUGCCCCGCCCUCUGGCAGCCAGCCACUUCCUCCUGGGGCCAAGAGGCUGGCCUUUCUGCGCUGGGAGUUCCCUAACUUCAACAGCCGAAGCAAAGACUUGCUGGGACGCUUCAUGCUGGCCCGGCGCCACAUCCUGGCUGCUGGCUUCCUGGUGGUAGAUGUCCCGUACUACGAGUGGCUGGAACUCAAGUCUGAAUGGCAGAAAGGUGCCUACCUCAAGGACAAGAUUCGAAAAGCGGUGGCAGAGGAGCUGGCCAAGUGACUUGUCCCAUAGCCUGGACUGCGUGCCCAGGGGGCUGGACUCACCUAGCUGUGGGCGCUGGGUGGGCAGGAGGGGGCACACUCGAGGAUAGACCUUAGUGCAGGACCUUGGCCAGAAGUGGGGUGCUGGCCAGCAGCUCCAAGUGGCAGGUUGCCCUCUCAUGGGAAAUAAAUCUUUAAUUUUGGUUUUCAACACCA